UUAUCCUUUCUUACAUCCUCCCUCUAUGCUGUAUGCUUCAGUUCUCUGUAUUUUCAAGUUUUCCAUGUGUUUUGCUCCGGCAUUGCUCCAUGUAUGCCCCAUUUCUAGGGUUUACAGGGAAUGGUUCAAAAAAGAGAAAAUGCUUUGUUCAUGCAAGAGAUUGGGGAAGAAUGGCCAAAUUGCUUCAAGCUGAUGAGAAAAAAACAAUAACUCAUGUAACCACAGUAUGCAGAAGAGUGUCUCUGAAUCCACUCAAAGCUUGAACCGGAUGAGCUACAGCAGUGGCCAGCUAAGGACAGGAAAGUGAGGCUUUAAAACUGGAACGUGUUGCAUCACCUGCUCUGUUGAGUCUUCUGCUGGGACAUUCACAGGAUGGAGGACCCACUGCAGGAAAGUAUGGAGAGAUCCGUGCUGCGCUGCAGGAAGUGUCGGAAAAGCGUCAUAGACUCAACAUGUUUGUUCACGAUUCCAGCUGCAGAUGAAGCCUCUGCUGAUGUUUGCAGUAUUUGGCACCUCGAUGUUGACACACUGCCAGAGUGGAUUUUGACCUCAGUUCACCAAACCCAGUGGACUGCUGGGAAACUAAACUGCCAGAAUUGUAGAGCUCGCCUGGGUGGCUUCAACUUCAUUAAUCACAGUCAGUGUCCCUGUGGCACUGACGCCUCCAUUCACUUCAGCAAAAGCCGCCUGGAUUACGACCACAAGCACUCCAUCCUGAUCGUCCAGCCUUUAAGGUCGAGGCUCACUGGGGGACAGAUGGAUGUUUCUCAGAAUCACCAGGAGAUGGCUGACUUUAACACGACUACACUGGAUAGAUUUCAGGAUAACUGUGCUGCUGCAUUGCCUCUUGAGAGUCCUAUUCAGGCCUCAAAUCCACAAACUGAUGCAAGAACUCCUGUCGAAAGAGAAAAUUCUCUCUGGGAGAGUGUGCCAGCUUCCGGUGGUCGUGAUUUUUACCCUGUUGUCGUCUCACAUCCUGCAAGCCAGCAGCUUCACACAGAUGGUGAAGCCUCAUCUGUUUCUGAGGGUACGCAGCCGCCUCUGGAUCAGCAGCUCCUGCAAACUGAGGAGGAUGUCGAGUCUUCUGGAGAGACUGCAGCUCUCUGCGACGAGGUUUCUGAUCCUACUCUGUUUCUCAGAAGGAGAUGGAUCUCUGACAGUGUCUCUGAUCAUGAUGAAGAACCAGUGCCUCCAACCUCUGUGGGCUCCCCACCCUCAAACAGCCUUAGCAAAAGAGAGAAGAAUCAUCUGAAGAGUAUGAGGCGGAAACAAAGGAGGAGAGAGAGAUGGCUGCAACACCAGAAGGAGAAAGCACUGGCUGAACGUGUGAGAGUUUUGCUGCUGGAUGAUGAGGACGAUGAGGAGGAGGAGGAGGUGCACCAGGAGGACAGGGAGAACCUCACCUGUGCCGUCUGUCUAGAUGUCUACUUCAGUCCUCACAGAAGUCAGGCCUGUGGUCACAUAUUCUGCGAGCCAUGUCUUCGCGCGCACGCCAUGAACUGCGGAAUGGACAAGACCACCUGCCCUCUCUGCCGGGAUGUCAUCUUAUACACCAACUUACAAACCGAGCUUGAUCAAAGGGCAAAAACCCUUUUCCCAAAACUUUACAAGGCUCGCAAGCGUGAAUUUGAGGCUUCCCCGUGUGCGUCAUGGCCUCUGCCUGAAGGUGUCAGCGACGAAGAUUUUCCCGUGCUUCAUUUUUACGGAGUGCAAUCGGACCACAUUUCGUUCAAGAUAUUUUUUGUUAUCAGCUACAUCCUGUGCUGUUUCCUGGUUCUAGCGUUCCUCUGGUUUGUCCUAUUCUUCUACUGUUUUAGACCUUAUGGUCCAAUUCCAUCAUGUUUUGCAGGUUACGCUUGUUGAAUCGCAUGUCUGAUGUUAAUACUGUCUGGGAAUACCUCGGAAACAACAGAGGGCAUGUGAGACAUUUGUGAUUAGGGAUUAAUAACUACCUAAUUACUUUAAAAAUGUUCAGUCUGAUGAUAUUUCUUUGUUUGUUUUUUGGUCCUGCUAACACAGCAAAGCACAGAA